GAGACAGAAGACGAGGAGGAGGAAGAGGAUGAAGGUGUGUGGCGCUGAUGUCAGUUGAGAAGCCGAAAGCCCAAACUUUGUGACGCCUCCAUUUUUUCCUCGCACCUGACCACUCAAGCGGCUUCCCUCCCGCCAUGAUGAGCGGCGACGCGUACGAUUCGGCGUGCGACUCGCUGGGCCUGCUGGAGUCGGCGUGCCUGACCAAAGUGGAGCUGAGGUUGACGUGUAAAGGCAUCAGCGACCGCGACGCUCUCUCCAAACCCGACCCGUGCGUGGUCCUCAACAUGCAGUCGCACGGCCAGUGGAUGGAGGUGGACCGCACGGAGGUGAUGCGCAGCUGCGUCAACCCGUCCUACUCCAAAGUCUUCACGCUGGACUUUUAUUUUGAAGAGGUGCAACGUUUGCGCUUCGAGCUUUACGACAUCAACAACGGCAAUUACAACGGCGUGAAGGACGCCGACUUCUUGGGCGCCGUGGAGUGCACCUUGGGACAGAUCGUAUCGCAGAGGAAGUUGUCCAAAGCGCUGCUGAGGCCCGGAGGGAACGUGGGGAAAACUAUUAUCACGAUCACAGCGGAGGAGUUGACGGGGAAUGACGACUACAUUGAGCUUUCCUUCAGCGCCAGGAAGCUGGAUGACAAGGACUUUUUCAGCAAGUCAGACCCGUUCCUGGAAAUCUACCGUAUGAACGAGGACGCCACACUGCAGCUGGUCUACAGGACGGAGACGGUGAUGAACAACUUGAAUCCCGUGUGGAAUACCUUCAAAGUUUCCCUUAACUCGCUUUGCAACGGAGACCACCAGCGCAAGCUGCAGUGCACGGUGUGGGACUGGGACUCCAACGGCAAACACGACUACAUCGGCGAAUUCGAGGCCACCUUCCAAGAGAUGCGGGGCGCCAUCGAAGGACGACAGGUGCAGUGGCCGUGCAUCAAUUCCAAAUACAAAGUGAAGAAGAAGGCCUACAAGAACUCCGGCAUCGUCAUCCUCAGCCAGUGCAAGAUCAUCAAGAUGCAUUCUUUCCUGGAUUACAUCAUGGGGGGCUGCCAAAUCCAAUUUACGGUGGCCAUCGACUUCACGGCGUCCAACGGCGACCCUCGCAACAGCUGCUCUCUGCACUACAUCCACCCGUACCGACCCAACGAGUACCUAAAGGCGCUGGUCGCCGUGGGCGAAAUCUGCCAAGACUACGACAGCGACAAAAUGUUCCCGGCAUUCGGUUUUGGCGCUCGCAUCCCACCUGACUACAAGGUCUCCCAUGACUUUGCGGUGAAUUUUAACGAGGAGAACCCCGAGUGCGCAGGCAUACAGGGCGUGGUGGAGGCCUACCAGGCGUGCUUACCCAAACUUCAACUCUACGGACCUACCAACAUCGCUCCCAUUAUACACAAAGUGGCCAACUCCGCCUCCCAAGAGGUUCACACCAAAGAAGCAAUGCAAUACUUCAUCCUUCUGAUCCUGACGGACGGCGUGAUCACGGACAUGGCGGACACGCGCGAGGCCAUCGUGCAGGCCUCGCACCUGCCCAUGUCGGUCAUCAUCGUGGGCGUGGGAAACGCCGACUUCGGGGACAUGCAAGUUCUGGACGGCGACGACGGGAUCCUCCGCUCGCCCCGGGGGGAGCCCGUCCUCAGAGACAUCGUCCAGUUCGUGCCCUUUAGGAACUUUAAGCACGUGAGCCACUCGCCGACUCCAUCGUCCGCCCAAAUCGACCGUCGUCACGUUUUGCUUCACCGCCCUCAGGCGUCGCCGGCGGCGCUGGCCAAGAGCGUGCUGGCCGAGGUUCCCAACCAGGUGGUGGACUACUACAACAGCAGAGGCAUCAAACCCAAAGCGGCUAGCCAGUACCACGCCUCCAGAACCUUUGGACCUUGAACGUCCGGGAUGGCGGCAAAUACCUGAAAAGCACAAUUUCUUGGAGUUUGUGAAUGUUUAACUGCAACCCCAAUUUCCUCCUUUGUUUGUGUUUCGAGGGCGUGACUUCCUGUGUCGUGUGGGAGCAUGUGAUCGGUUAGCUAGCCUGUUAGCCUGACUAGCUCUUUGUAGCGGUUUAAAAGUGUUAGCGCCUUUUCGGAAAAGGGUAUGUCGGCGGCUUGCGAGAUGGGAGGAGAUGUCGUGGGAGUCAUUGGUCGAAAGCUAACGCUAUUCGUAACCCUAACCUUAGCCACGCGGGUGUCAACGAAGCGUCUAACGGAGGCUAGUGGAAGCUAGCGUAGGGUGAGCAAACGUCCUCUUUUGCCCGGACAAGUCCUACUUUCACAUAGUGUCCUCGUGGUCCGGGCGGGUUUUAUAAAUUGAUAAAAAUUUCCGGUUUUUAUGAUUUUUCACGGGACCAAUUUGAAGAGAAUCCCUCCGACCAGGGCCGGCCCAGCCUAUACGCAGACUAUGCAGCUGCUUAGGGCCCCUGACCACUAGGGGGCCCCCAAUCUGGCAAUUGUUUAAUUUAUAUUGUAGUUUGUUUACUACAGUUUGCUUUAUUUGACUUUUGUGAGUUUUGAUACUUGAUUACAAGCUUAAAAAAAUAAAAGCCUGCCUCCGACCGCUGGGUGGCAGCAGUUGACAUGGCUCCUACGAGAAUGGAGGGAAGUAGUAGUUCUUCUUGUUUUUUGUUGGCAGUUUACCCUUAUCAUGAGGUAUUAACGCCAUCUACUGGGUUGACGAUUUGGCCACAAUGCCUGAAUUUUUUUUUUUUUUAAUGAUAAAUACGUAUAUAAUGGCAACUGUUGACUUCUGUUGGAGGUUUGACUGUAAAAUCCCGUUUGGUGUCGCAUCGGCGCGCUGCCGAUGAUUGUAAACUUUUAUAGCAAAGCUUGAUUUUUGCCUCAGCUAGCUAUCAGUAAGCUAAACCGCGCUAGGCAUUAUGAGAAACGAAGUUUUGAACUGCUACGUUUGGAAACAUGCUGAUUGAAUAGUUUGUCAGUUUAUUUCAGUUUUUGUUUGUGUGCAAUCUAGAACAUUGAAUGAGAACAUCAAUUGAAUGGGAAUAACAAUUUGUCAAGGACAAUUGUCGUGAUAGUAAUUUAAAAAAAUGUUUAGUUGGCACAUAGCUUACUGUGUGUAUGUGUAUUGACUGGACUACAUU